GGGCUUCUAUCUCCUUCAGAUUUUUGAAAAUGCAUUGAAGCACCCCAAGCAGUGCUAUCCACGCUCACACCGAAACGCACCUUCUGCGGAUGCCGAACUGCUACUUCUACCGCUUCGCUCGGCUCGUUUCAGUCUCCAAUUCCAAACACAGCUCACAACUAAACAUUAAACCACUGCAUUCCAUCACAACGGCAUCUCUCGUUUGAUUCGACAUUCUCGCAUUCAGCCAACUUUACUAUUAGACCGCUUCAAGGCCCAUCAACAUCACUCCAAGGAGAUGUCAGGUUCUUUGACGAGCUUCCGAUGCUGCGGUCGCGAGUUUAUCAAUGGGCACCACCUCGACUUUCACCACCUGGUCGACUGCGAGAUAUACCAUCCUAGGACAAGAGCAGAGGCAGAGGUACGCGAGGAAGAAGCACGACACCAACGGGUGGAAGAAUACGGCCAGCGACAAGUAGACGCAUCACGCCGGGCAGCUACAGUACAACUUCGAGCUCAACAGCUGCAGGCAGGGGAAUCAACCCGCCGAACUUUAACCCGCCGGCGAAUACAGCAAUUCAUGCGAAGUGUAGCGCAGGAAGCAGCCUCGCGAACUCGACAAGCACAAGAUGCUCGGCAAGCCGCGCCGGUUUCCAUACCAACACCGAGAGCCGAAAGCGAGGAUUCUGCUAUUCCCUCGCCUAUUUCUUUCAAUGACUUUAGAUUUACGAGAAUGCAGCCGCCGAAUGGACAGCUGCUCCUCGUGGAUACCGUGAGAAGGAGACUUGUGGGGCAAUUAGAUCACACUCGGGGGCAUUUUCGGAUCCGUUGGAACCGCCGGGCUUUUCUAAGAACCCACGCCCGUCUUAAUCCGAGAGUCUAAUGCACACCCGCUCACCACCGUCAGGCUGCCCCCAACACCCUCCAAAUUCCACGCCUAGGAUGCAAAAUCCCAGAGACCAGAAAUGAACCCGGCGCUGAUUCAGCUCCAAGACACUGAUACAGUGCUAGGUCAUGAGUUUAGGCACGCGGAUAUGUCGCUGGUCAGGCUUCACUGUUGCUCAC